UCCCGGGGACCUGCUCAGCGCGUGCGCACUGCGGUUCUGCGCUUGUCAUCAUGGCGACGCGGGGCCAUGUGCAGGACCCUAACGACCGGCGCCUCCGGCCCAUUUACGAUUAUCUUGAUAACGGAAAUAAUAAAAUGGCGAUUCAGCAAGCUGAUAAACUGUUGAAGAAACACAAAGAUCUUCACUGUGCAAAGGUUCUCAAGGCCAUUGGUUUACAGAGAACUGGCAAGCAGGAAGAAGCCUUCACCUUGGCUCAGGAGGUGGCUGCCCUUGAGCCCACAGAUGACAACUCCCUGCAGGCCCUGACGAUCCUCUACCGAGAGAUGCACCGGCCGGAGUUAGUCACAAAGCUCUAUGAGGCGGCUGUGAAGAAAGUUCCCAACAGCGAGGAGUACCACUCUCACCUCUUCAUGGCCUAUGCCAGAGUGGGCGAGUACAAGAAGAUGCAGCAGGCUGGCAUGGCUCUGUAUAAGAUUGUCCCCAAAAACCCUUACUACUUUUGGUCGGUGAUGAGCUUGAUCAUGCAAUCUAUAUCUGCACGGGAUGAAAACCUCUCCAAAACCAUGUUUCUGCCCCUGGCGGAGAGAAUGGUAGAGAAGAUGGUGAAGGAGGACAAGAUAGAGGCUGAAGCUGAGGUUGAACUUUAUUACAUGAUCCUGGAGCGCUUGGGAAAGUACCAGGAAGCCCUGGAUGUCAUUAGAGGAAAAUUAGGAGAGAAGUUGACAAGUGAAAUUCAGAGUCGGGAAAACAAAUGCAUGGCCAUGUACAAGAAGCUGAGCAAGUGGCCGGAGUGCAACGCCCUUUCCCGACGCCUCCUGCUGAAAAACUCAGAUGACUGGCAGUUCUAUUUGACUUAUUUCGAUUCUGUCUUUCGACUGAUUGAGGAAGCCUGGACGCCGCCUGCUGAGGGGGAACACUCCUUAGAAGGGGAAGUACACUGCUCUGCAGAAGAUGCUGUGAAGUUUAUAGAGGACAGGAUAACGGAGGCAUCACAAAGCUCUCGACAUGUCCGAGGCCCACACCUAGCUAAGCUGGAGCUCAUCAGGCGCUUGCGGAGCCAAGGCUGUAAUGAUGAAUACAAGCUGGGUGACCCAGAAGAGUUAAUGUUCCAGUAUUUCAAGAAGUUCGGGGAUAAGCCAUGCUGCUUCACAGACCUGAAGGUGUUCGUUGACCUCUUGCCUGCCGCCCAGUGCACACAAUUCAUUAACCAGCUCCUUGGAGUUGUUCCAUUAUCGACGCCGACAGAGGAUAAGCUUGCCCUGCCGGCCGACAUCCGAGGCCUGCAGCAGCAUCUGUGUGUUGUGCAGCUGACACGGCUCCUUGGCUUGUACCACAGCAUGGAUAAGAGUCAGAAGCUGGAUGUGGUCAAAGAACUGAUGUUAAGGUACCAGCACGGACUGGAGUUUGGGCGCUCUUGUUUGAAGACAGAGUUGCAGUUUUCAGACUAUUACUGCCUGCUCGCUGUUCAUGUGCUCAUUGAUGUAUGGAGAGAAGCAGGUGAGGAGACUGCAGUCUGGCAGGCCCUGACUCUGCUGGAAGAAGGCUUAACCCAUAGCCCAUCCAAUGCUCAGUUCAAAUUGCUACUUGUUCGGAUCUACUGCGUGCUGGGUGCAUUUGAACCAGUGGUGGAUCUCUACUCCAGUCUCGAUGCUAAGCACAUCCAGCACGACACCAUUGGCUAUCUUCUGACCCGAUAUGCUGCAUCCCUGGGUCAGUACGCUGCUGCCUCCCAGUCCUGUAACUUCGCACUCAGGUUUUUCCACUCCAACCAGAAAGAUACCUCAGAAUACAUUAUUCAAGCUUACAAAUAUGGUGCAUUUGAGAAGAUCCCAGAGUUUAUCGCUUUUAGGAACAGGCUGAAUAAUUCUCUCCACUUUGCACAAGUACGCACUGAGCGGAUGCUGUUAGACCUUCUACUUGAAGCAAACAUAUCAAUUAGCUUGGCAGAAAGUAUCAAAUCAAUGAAUCUGAGGCCAGAGGAAGAUGAUGUUCCAUGGGAAGAUUUGCGAGACAACAGAGACUUGGAUGUUUUCUUCAGUUGGGAUCCAAAAGACAGGAAUGUUUCUGAAGAGCAUAAGAAACUCUCCUUGGAGGAGGAGACCAUGUGGUUAAGAAUUCGCUCCUUAACGUUGAGGCUGAUCAGUGGACUUCCAAGUCUUACCCACCCUGUGGAGCCCAAGAACUCAGAGAAGAUGUCAGAGAACGGUGUGUCCUCCCGGAUCGACAUCCUUCGUUUGCUCCUCCAACAGCUAGAGGUGGCCGUGGAGAUGGGGAAGCGGUUUAUUGAGAAGGAAAUUCAGUACCCCUUCCUUGGGCCUGUUCCUACCAGGAUGAGCAGGUUCUUCAGUUCUGGCUGCUGUCAGUGCCAGGUCCAGUCCUUCCAUCUGGUCAGUGACGUGUAUGAGCUUGACACCAGUGGCUUAGAGGGUACAGUGGAUAUCCAGGAGCGAAUAGAAAGUGGUCUUACGUCUUUACUAGAGCUAUUGAAAGGUGUCUUCAGCACAUGUAAAGGUGACCUCUUAGAAGUUACAGAUGGCAAUGUGAAGACCCAGCCUGCAGUCCUAGAGAAUCUGGUCUUCUUCGUUGAGACUGUUUCUGUCGUCCUUUGGGUGUCCAGUUACUGUGAAAGUGUCUUGCGACCCUACAAAUUAAAUAUCCAGAAAAAGAAAAAGAAGAAAAAAGAAAUGAGCAUCAUUAUGCCUCCAAUCUUCACCAGUUUCCAAGACUACGUUACUGGACUUGAGACUGUAAUUUCCAAUGCUGUGGAUCACAUUAAAGGACUUGAAGCCCAUCUAAUUGCACUUAGACUUGAGGAGCUCACGUUAGAGGAGACCUGUAUCUCUACGGAAGAAAGAAAAUUUUCAAGGACUGUGCAGGGGAAAGUCCAGAGCAGUUACCUGCACUCACUUCUGGAGACGGGGGAGCUGCUGAGAAAAAGACUUGAGACUACAAAGAAACUAAAAAUUUAAGGAAUUCUGAACCAUAGGCACCGAAGGUUCCGCAGCAGAAGAUGACAGCACCUUCCCCAGCAAACACAACAUCUGGCUGGCAUUGUUCCAAUCCAGAACUUCCUCACAAUGCAUGAAGGACUUUGGUCGUGAAUUAAUUUUUGAGGUAUUAAAUAUAUACAACAAAUUAAAUUAUUGUAUAUAAACCAGAAGCAGGACCCUCAUCUGGGUUUACCACUCUUUAUACCUGUCCAUACAUACAGGACAGCAACAAGAGCACCCCACCUCACUCCCAGCACCAGGAAUGGCUGGGGCGGUCAUUUCUAUACAAGCAGCAAUAGAGAAUAAGUAUAGCAUCGACCUCAGAGCAGGUGGGCUGCUUUGUCAUCAUGCAGUGGGAGUUUGGGUUGGGUACUGUAGCCGUAUGAGGCAAAAGCAGGUGUAGGAGACCCGGGAGCCGGACCCUUCCCUUAGUGGCAGGUUCCUUGUGCCGUCCCACAGAACCGGGAUGGGCCCACAGAGGCUCAAGGGAGAUGUGGCUGAGUUCGUGCCACCACAGGGCACCGCACAUGACACAGGUGCUCAGUUUUGGCUUCAUAGUCCCAGCAGCCAAGACAUCCCCAGCCCCACUCCUGGGAGAGCUCAGCCUUAGGGCAGUGAGGAAGUCUGAGUUCUGCCCACUUUGAGGAGGAAAUCUGAGCACAGCCCACCGUGAGCUUCGUAAGCUGCUGAGACUGAGCCCCGCUGCUCUUCUGGGAAAGGUGGAAGAGCUGUUGGAAGAGGUUGUACAUGGUGUGUGCAGGCGAGUCUGAUAUUUGUGUCGUCGUUGUUAAGUCACAUUGUGCAGCCGAUUCAUGAGUCACACACAGAUACGCAUAUGCAUAAAUAUGCUUGGAAACAGAUUUACUACUCUAGUGCUUUUAACGGGGGAGCUUUGGGACGGAAGGAAUUGUAUAUGGGUUUAACCUAGGUUUUAAGUUUUAGGUUGAAAAAGGUAUGUUUUAUAAUGGGCCUGAUGUUUGUGUUUUGUUGACACUUAAGAACUGCAUCAGGUGUAUUCAUGUUGUUCACCUAAGGUUGGUGGUCUGGUCCCUAAGCCUCCAGCUUAAGAGGCUGGUCUGCAAGAAGAUGAAAUUGCUCUUGAUUAUGUCAUGCCGAGCUCCGACAGCGCUUUCAUGACUGUUUUGUGUCUGAAUCUCCUCUCUCACUUCUGUUCUUGUUCCCUGUCACUUUAUUCCUGAGUGUAACUGUAAGGUGAAAGAUGACUUGGUGAGGAUUGGUCUUUGUGCUCCAGCACAGCAUUGCAUCCUUUAUCGUGACUGUCUGGGAUUCACAAGGCAGCAUAGUGGUUAACUAAUUUACUUGUAAGGAAAUGUGUGCAAACUACUUUCUUACCUGUAGGAUGUGCUGGAGCCUACACCAUGGUUGCAUCAGAGUAUCACGUGCUCCAUCCCCAAAGAAAGGGCCUUUUUGAAUAAGAUGGGUUGAAGACCCUGAUUUUGACUUGCCUCGAACACCACCUUGUGGUACUGUUCUGUAGUUGUGGCCUGUUUCCCAUGGGACUGGGUGGGCAUUUGCUUGCACUGCCCUGGCUCCUGGAAUAAUGUUUCUUGGGAUAUUCAAAUUGUGCUGUGUGUUCACGGUCACACAUGCUCUAAAUCAAGCUCUGUCAGCUGACCAUGGUCCGUAUGGACUGCAUGGGCUGGCUAUGACCCUCAGGCAUAGCUCCUUCCUCUAAUGGUCUAUCCUGUCAGUCUCCUGCUCUAACAUGUAGGGCCUCCACUGGUCUUGUUGACGAAUAAUGUCAUGUUGGGGUUACACUUCCUCUGUUACUUGCUGAUUUUCUUACUAAAUGUAGCAUUUCAAUCAGAUCUAAUUCUUACAUUUUGAGAUAACUGUAAAAAGAGUGAAAUUAUGAAAUGGCCACUAUCUUUUAUCCGUUUAUUCUUUUGGAAGCUGUCAUGCACUAUACAUUGUGUACAGUUAAAGUAUAUAUAUAUAUCUAUAUUCUUACUGAGUGAACGCCUCCUCUCCCCACGCCUGUAUGUCACUAGCAUCUAAGGAGAGUGCUCAAGGCCCAGUGCUGCUGCUGCUGCUGCUGCUGCUGCUGUGGUUUAUAUGGGUUUUGUUCUGUUUUGUUUUUGUGUGGUAAAUUGAUAUUUAAAAAACAACAAAAACCACGACUACUGUUUACAGACUGAAAAAAAAAAUCACUGCUUUUUAUACUACUGAGAUCCUAAGUCAAGACUUUGCAAAGCAGGAAUGGUCGGUUACUACUUUGCUGUGGGCGGACGGUCCUCUGUAGUCUCCACAUGAUGGAGAGUGCACAAACCUAGGUGUGCUGCCGCCGACUUUGUAUAUUUUCAUAAUCUUAACUGUUCGAAAUUGCAUUAUAUUUUGCAGUCACCACAUUCAAACUGUAUAUGUCUUUCAUUUCAACUUUUUCAAUACAAAAAGGGGUUCAAUUUAUCUGCAGGUUUGUUGAGACUCUUCCUACUUUUUUAUGUGAUUUAUUGGUAUGGGAAUUCUGCUCUUGAGAACUAAGUGCAGGCAGGAAAUCAGCUUUAACUGGACAGGCUAAUUUACAUAAAUGUUUUUAUUUUAAGUUGG